GGUUGCUGAGCAGACGGACACACGGGCAGACAGACAGACGGGCGGACAAACCGACAGACCGACAGACAGACCGACCCAGGGUGCGUUACCGAGGCUGGCUGGCGGGGGGCUCGCUGCGCCCCGAGGUGAGAUCAAUUUUUACUGUAAUACAAGACAUUGAAGAUGACACCAAAACAUGAAAAACAAGAAUUUGUUACUGUCUUGGUGCGAGACCCCAGGACACAGAAAGAAGACUCAUGGCAUUCUUACAUAGACUACGAGAUAUUUAUUCACACAAACAGUAUGUGCUUUACAAGGAAAACAUCCUGUGUCAGGCGACGCUUUCGAGAAUUUGUUUGGCUUCGGCAGAGGCUUCAGAGCAAUGCUGUGCUCAUACAGUUGCCCGAACUGCCAUCUAAAUCUCCGUUUUUCAAUAUGAACAAUCCGCAUCACGUGGACCAUCGUCGGCAGGGUCUGCAAGAAUUCCUGGAAAAGAUUGUACAAAAUGCAUUAUUGCUUUCAGACAGUAGGCUUCACCUCUUCCUACAGACUCAGCUAAGUCCAGAAGAUAUGGAAGCUUGUGUAUCUGGACAAACCAAAUAUUCUGUCGCUGAUGCGAUUCAUAAGUUUGCCUCUUUGAACAGACGUUUUCCUAUAGAAGAUGAAGAGAGAAAAAAGGAAAACAAUGCAGACUCUGAUUCGGAGAGUUCAUCCUCCAGGCUUGGACCUAGUGAUGACAGCAUUUCUUGUGGAUGUAAAGCAAGCCCAGCUUCUGAAGAAUCAUGAAAAAUCAUUUCUGUAUUCCUAUCCCAAGGACAGCACAGAGUAGUUUCUGAUGUAUUUCCUAGUUAAGUAUACCACGUAAAUGCAACUUGCUAGUAACACGUACCUAAAGGACUCGUUGCCAAUACAACCACAUGUCCUUACAGAAUUUUCCAAACAGACCUUGAUGUUAUUCCUUUGAUUUAUUAUAUGCGUCGAUUCAGGUCUACAUGUUACCUAUUACAUUUAGUUUUCUGUAACUGUUAAAAUCUCAAUAUUGGGUCAGUCAUGUUCCAUUGACUGGCAUGGCUGUGAAAAUAUUUCUCGUAGUGAGUGCAUGUCUUAGAUCUGGAAAAAUAAAGAUAACUUAAUUCCUCAGCUUGAAA